UACAAGAUGGAGGAAAGGAAACCGAAAUUUACAUUUCGCCUGUCUGAAGGCAAGAAGUUUAGCACUUUAGAAGACAAAGACAAUAAAGAGUUGCUGAAAAAAUGGUCGAUGCAAGGAAACCUGAUAGCGCAGAUGUACACCUUUGACCAGGCAUUCCAAGUGUACCAGAAGGAGGAGUUUGUCUUGGAUUUAAUGAGAGACCCAAAUGUGCUGUCAACGCUGCUCGUCGCUAGUAGAGAUGGGACACCCAGGAUGCUAAACACAUCUCCUGAGUCUGUCUCUGUAGAAUCGGUUCCCUGCUCGGUAUUGUCCAUGACGUUCUUUGACCGAUUGUAUGGGCCAAUUGUUCGCGACUCCGGACAUCUCAUAAAGUGCUUUGAUGAGUUCUUUGAGGAUUUCACCAUCUCUGAUGAACUUAGGAAGAUGUUUUUGAGCGAAGAGUCAGACCACUGCGACCUUUACAGUGAUACGGAGAAGGAGGAGUUCCUGUUUCGCCUGUUCAUGCACGUGUGUCUUGGGGGACAGAUCUGCCAAUAUGAGGAUACCCUGGAGCCCUACCUCAAUCUCGUCAAGGCCCUAUACAAGGACUUAAUCAGUGUCCAAAAGAAUGCUGAGACAAAAGAACUAAACAUUAUAUCCAGUGUGUUCAAAAUCACGGCUUCAGACAAAGAUGACGAUGUGUUUUACCCGAGUUCGAAAUCUCAUAUUCAGAACUUUUCAUACCUGGUCGUGGAUCCAUUAAAACGCCAUGUGAUUGUGUUAUCCCACCAGUUUGGAGGUGGCAUAUUUUCAUGAUAUACCAUUAACUAUACUAUGUAUUUAUUUAUGAACCCUUUAAAGCAGAAAUAGGUCUCAAAUUUCUAGUUCUAAAUGGGCAGAUUUUGUCAUCCUGUGAAAUGAAUUUGAAUGUUAAAUCAUAUUUAAGUGUACCCAUGACCUUUCUAAGAUGUCACACUUUUGGUGCCGCCAUUCUAUUUUUAUUUGUAGGAAGAUAUGACAUCAUUUUAGCUGCUCACAUCAUAUUAACUUUAAGACCCCAUUUUUCCUUGUUGGGUUUCUUAUUGAACAAUAACAAUAAUUGAACAAUAACAAUAAAAGUUUAACAAGAAGACUCUGAAAGUGUCAAGACAGGAUUAACGAGAUUAGAGAGAUGAUAUUUUUAUGUGAUUACAAUCAACUUAUAAAUGGUGCAGAUAGUUUUUUUUUGUUUAUAGAUUAUAAGAUCUUUCUUGUUCUAAUUUUAAAAUCUUUAUAACAAUACUUUAUUACAUUUUUCCACUCAAAAUAGAAACAUACUAGCGGCAGUUGGCUAUAAAAUGGCCUAGUAUUAAUAUUUUAUGUUUGGUUGAUGUUGACUUCUUUACUGUUGGAACAAACAUAGGAGGCUCUAUGUUUUAAAGCCUUCAGUUUUCUGUGUAAUAAACUUUAAAUACAAA